CGCUAGCGGUCGAGGUAGUUGCUCGACCUCGAAAACUUCACUCACGGCAGACUUCUCACACGGCCCUGGAAGCCGGGGCAAAUUUCGUCCUAGACCGCGCAUACUAUCCGUACUAUCCGAUAUGGCUUCUAUAAAAUGAGAGCUCGUUUAAAGACAAUGGUCGUGGUGUACUUGACCCAUCCCCUUUGUCCAGAAGUGGGUAUUCUCAGUCUCUCGUCGUACGAUUGUUCGUUAUGGCGCCAAGUAUGCCGUCUCUCAUGAGAGUACUGUGCGCCCUUGGCUCAGUCUUACUUCUGUUCGCUACACUCGUUUCAGCAGAUGCAGUUUUGGACUUGCAAACAAAAGGGAAGCCUGCUUUGCUAGCACAGUUGGCAAAGUCGACGACAUGUACAAAAGAUAAGAUCAUGGUACGAAAAGAAUGGGGCGACAUGUCCAAGCCUGAUCGAAAGGCUUACAUCAAGUCGGUAUUGUGCUUGAUGAACGCCCCAUCCAAGCUACCCGCUGGGAAGUUCCCUGGAGCAAAGAGUCGCUAUGAAGAUUUCCUAGUGACACACAUGCAACAAACGCUUUCAAUCCAUAGCACCGGAAACUUUUUGUCAUGGCACCGCUAUUUCACAUGGUCUUACGAGCAAGCUCUUCGCAACGAAUGCGGUUAUAACGGAACUCAACCAUACUGGGAUUGGGGCAGAUGGGCAGCUGAUCCAGAGUCUUCGCCCAUCUUUGACGGCUCAGAUACUAGUAUGAGUGGAAAUGGAAAGAAGAUCACCCACGCUGCUACGUUUAUCUCUCCAGCUCAGAAUGGAGGAGGCUGCGUCGAAACAGGUCCUUUCGCCAAUAUGACAGUACGACUAGGCCCCGUAUCCCCCAUGGCCGACCCAGCACCACCCAAGAAUCCCCAAGCCGACGGCUUCGGUCUCAACGCUCGCUGCCUCCGUCGCGAUCUCGGUCCCUACCUAACUAAAAACUAUGCUACAACAGCCAUCAUCGCCUCCCUAAUAACAAGCUACAAAAACGUCGGAGACUUCCAGACCGUUAUGCAAGGCGGGAGUGGUGUCCACAGCGCGGCACAUUUUACCAUCGGUUCUGACCCCGGCGGAGACUUCUACACUUCUCCUGGCGACCCGGCGUUUUAUCUGUUGCAUGCCCAGAUUGAUCGCGUGUGGACGAUUUGGCAGAUGCAGGAUCUUCCUAAUAGGAUGCAAGUCAUGUCUGGUGGGACGCAGAUGUAUGGCGGAGGAGCGACACAGAAGUUGACCGACAGUUGUGACAUUUCGAAUGUGGCGAGUAAGGUUUGGCAGUUGAAGGAUCUGAUGAGUACUGUUGAUGGGCCGUUUUGCUAUGUAUAUGAUUCGCUAUAAAGGCGGAAGAUUGAUACUUUGAUUGGGAGAGAGGGUGUUGGGGGUGAGUUUAUCUUCUUACAUAUGUGCUUGAUCAAAUAUGAGAGUUGAGAAUUUUGUUGAAUAAUAUAAAUGCCUGGCUGUCCGCUCGUUUCUCUUUGUUUCAAUUGCAGUGUCUCUUCAAGUCUGU